CCUCCUGUCCUGAUACAUAAUGCCCCACCCUCCAUCCUCAUCCUCCUUAUUAUCUUUACCUUUCUCCUUUCUGCUCUGUCUGCAUAUCUAACUCUCUCUCGCUGGCAUAAUUAUAUUGCCGAACCAUCAUGUAUUCCCAAAACCCAAAUGCCUACGGGAAGCCCAACAACGCCCCGGCGGCCGCCACCACCGGCUUCCCCAUGAGCGCCCCCUCCAACUCCUACUACUCCACCGACUCUUACAGCUCCGAACCCACCACCAAUUCGCAGUACCAGCCUUCCACCCUGCCCUCCUACCAUCUUCGGUCCAAGCCCCGAGUGGACUGGUCCACCGGCCUCUGUGACUGCACCUCCGACGUCAAGAACUGUUGCAUCACGUGCUGGUGUCCUUGCAUCACGUUCGGGCAGAUCGCAGAGAUACUGGACAAAGGCUCAACAUCUUGCGGUGCGAGCGGGGCACUGUACACUCUGGUGGCGUGCGUGACGGGAUGUGCGUGCCUGUACUCCUGCUUCUACAGAGCCAAGAUGAGGCAACAGUUCUCCCUCAAAGACCAGCCUUGCUGCGACUGCCUGGUUCACUGCUGCUGCGAGCCCUGCGCCCUGUGUCAGGAGUACCGCGAGCUUCAGAAUCACGGCUUCGACAUGCUCAUCGGAUGGCAUGGAAAUGUGGAGCAACGCAACCGUGAAUUGGCCAUGGCCACCGCGCCGCCGGCGGAGCAGGGCAUGACACGAUGACUUUCUUCCUCCUAUAAUGGCUUCUGCCUCAAUAUUCUUAUUAUAAUCAUAUUUUUAAUAUAAGAGCUAGUUAAACGUGUUAA